AUGCCUGCUGAAGUCCUUCCCGGCCGGCCGGGGAAUCUGACCCCCGACCAGGAGGAGAAGCUCCGUCAGCUAUGGAACCUAAUCUUCCAAGUGUGUGCCGUCCGGCCGGACGGAACCGCGGCUGACGUACCUGGCGACGCCAACGUUGCGGCUGACAAGGCCGAAUCGGUCAAGGGGGAAAAACCUAAGAAGAAGGGGCGCUCCGUUUUCUCCCGGAAGGGCAAAAAGGAUGCCGAGGGCGAUUCGGUCGCCUCAGGCCUCUCUAAUGGAGCCAUCACCCCGAUUAAGGAUAGCGAGGACGACAAAUACGGCCAGAUCAAACACUUCUACGAGACAAUUGCCAGUCAAUCUCCCGAGUCCAUCAGAGCUACGAUUUGGAGCAUGGUCAAGCAUGACCAUCCCGAUGCUCUUGUUCUUCGAUUCCUCAGGGCUCGGAAAUGGGACGUCGAGAAGGCCCUCGUCAUGCUGAUCUCAACCAUGAACUGGCGAGCCCAGGAGAUGCAUGUUGACGACGACAUCAUGAAGAACGGGGAGGCUGCCGCAGCCGAGGCCGAGAAGGGCAAUGAUGCCGCCGCAGCCAAGCUCUCGCAGGACUUCCUCGCCCAGAUCAGGAUGGGAAAGAGCUUCCUACACGGUGUCGACAAAAACGGGAGGCCGGUCUGCGUUGUCCGAGUCCGGCUGCACAAGCAGGGCGAGCAGGCCGAGGAGAGCUUGGAGAGGUACACCGUCUACAUCAUUGAGACAGCACGGAUGCUCCUGCACCCCCCGGUUGAUACGGCCACCAUUGUAUUCGACAUGACUGGGUUCUCAAUGGCAAAUAUGGACUACACCCCGGUGAAGUUUAUGGUCAAGUGCUUCGAGGCGAACUACCCAGAGUCGCUAGGUGCCGUUCUCGUGCACAAAGCACCCUGGAUUUUCCAAGGUAUCUGGAAGAUCAUUAAGGGUUGGCUAGAUCCUGUUGUCGCGGGGAAGGUGCACUUCACGAACAACCGGAAGGACAUGGAGGAGUUCAUCGCUCCCAAUCACAUAUUGAAAGAAUUGGACGGAGAUGAGGACUGGCAAUACAAGUACCUCGAGCCCGUGCCGGGCGAGAACGACAAGAUGAAGGACACCGAGACCAGAGACCGUCUUUUGGCCACCAGAGAGCAGCUGUACGCGGACUACGAGGCGGCCACCAUAGAAUGGAUCCAGACCUCCGAGGAUGAACAGAGCCAUAAGAUCAAGGCGCGACGCGAAGCUAUCGCGGCCAAACUACGAGAGGACUACUGGAUCCUUGACCCGUACCUGCGGGCACGGUCAUUAUAUGACAGAACUGGAGUCCUGCAGCUAGGCGGCAAGCUCGACUACUAUCCCAAGCCGGAGGAGGUCGAAAUCGUACAGUUGAAUGGGAAAAUGGCGUCCGCAGUGGUCACUUCGGCAGAGGAAUCUUCGGCGGUGGACACGUCGGCGGAUGACGUAGACUAG